GCUAAAGUUUUCAAGAGUUAUCCUCUCACAUCUCCUCUCUCCGGUCUUUCAUGUCUGUCUCUCUCCAGAAGUAAAAGAAACCCUAAAAAGUGUUGUUUACCCACAAUUGUAUCGAAAAUCACGAAUGCAAUAGCAAUAAUGGUUAACUGGAAUUAUGGAAAGGACUCAAUGAAUACGAUGUUAUCUGUAGCUCAAUGGAUGGAGAAGGAUUAAGCACCAGGAAUUGGGGUUAUUAUGAACCUUCCCUUAAAGGGCAUCUCGGUCUUCAGCUCAUGUCAUCCGUGGCCGAGAGAGACACUACAUCUGUCCUUACCGGACAUGAGAAUCCUGUUCUGGUUGCAGCUAAUGGAGCUUUCAAUCCCCGGGAUUGCGUGGUUACAGAACCACCUGUCACGCAUAUGGAUUAUGUUAGAGACAGUUGGAUAAACCACAGAGAUAAAUUCUUACAUAUGUUUCCGGGGAAUCUUUAUAACCCAGUCCUCAUGGACACUUCCAGGACUCAUCAUUCCAUGCAGAUGCUUCAAGAACCUGAUUCAACCACCAAAGACUCCAAGGUGAGUGUUGCGGAUCCAGGUGCUAAGAAGGAAGAUGUCCCUGCCAAGAAGAGAUCAGCUGCUGCUGCUACUCUGAAACCCUCCAAGGGGAAGAAGUCAAAGAAAGGUCCUUCUUUGCCUAAGGAAAUUGGUAAUUCCUCUGUUCAGCGUGCCAAAACUUCAAAGAAGAAUUUGGACAUUGUAAUAAAUGGAAUUGAUAUGGAUAUUUCUGGUAUUCCAAUUCCCAUUUGCUCAUGUACCGGCACUCCUCAGCAAUGUUAUCGAUGGGGAUUUGGUGGUUGGCAGUCAGCCUGUUGCACCACAACCAUAUCAAUAUAUCCCCUGCCAAUGAAUACCAAAAGACGUGGAGCGAGAAUUGCUGGACGGAAGAUGAGUCAGGGUGCUUUCAAGAAGGUUUUGGAGAAAUUCGCAUCAGAAGGCUAUAACUUUGCUAAUCCGAUUGAUCUUAAGACAUACUGGGCAAAACAUGGUACCAACAAGUUUGUGAUCAUCAGGUAGAUUUAUGCUGUGGAUACCAGUAUACCACAACUGGAUUGCUGCUGCAUCUGGUCUGUUUUACAUGUACAUAUUCGGCGGCCUGGUGCAGGGAUUUACUUGGUACUUUUUAGUUCAUUAAUUUUCUAUCAUGAUCCAUGAUUUUGAAAAUUGUCAAGGCAUUUGGGGGUCUCAAAAUCUGGUGUUAAAUUUUGUUUUGAAGUCUAGCAAUGUUUCUGGCCAUCAGCGUUAUCAAUGAUAGUUUCCAUUUUACUUGAUGGAUAAAUUUCAAAAUGUCUUGGCGAUAUUUAUUUAUUUAAUUUUUUUUUCUCAUUCAUCA